GAAAUGAGUCCAAAAAAUCAUUGUGACGAAGAUAGGGGCAUAGAAUAACAGCUCAACGGCAAAUCUUCGCACUGCGGAUUCAACCGAAAAGCAGUAGAGAGGGCGUUUGUUGACCAGAUGAGCAAAGAUUCGCUUCUUGGACGUGCUGUUUGAUAGUGAACACAAAAUCGCCAGCCAAUUCGUGUGGUGAAUGAUUUAAAACGAUUAUUGUGCGAUAAAUCACAUCAACAUUUGCUGAUAAAAAACGAUACAAGCGUCGGUUGCGGAAGACCCAAAACGAUCUUGGAAAUUGGAGUGAAGCUCUGUCGGGGUGUGUAGGUUGAAGAGUAGCUUUUAAAAACGCACACAUUUAAUGCGCAUCAGUCGAGUGUUGUUCGUUUUUUUCCCUCUCGUGUGAUAGUGUGCCAGCUGUUUACAUUGCCGUUACGUUUCCGAGAACCUCCUGCCUUAGAUUGCACGCAUUAAUCACACGAUACUUCCGUGGGUGUGUGUUUGGAAGCGCAGUUUGUUUUUUUCCCCCAUCCCGGAGUGCGAGUGCGAGGUGACGCGGUGGAAAAUUUGGAUCCGGAGCACCGAGCUGUGUGUAUUGGAUUCCCGCUGGCUGACGAAAAAGCCCUGCGCCAUUACGUUGUAAACAAAGCCGUCGGUCGUUCGGUGUGUGCGUGUGUGUGCGUGUGUGUGUGCAGUGCGGUUACACGAAAGGUGCGUCUCUUGGAGGGUGCAGUGCGCGUGUGUGAGUGAGAGUCUUUUGUCUUUCCAGCGCGGUGCAGGGUUGUACGCGAGUGUGUGUGCGUGCAGUCGAAAGUGGUCCGAGCCCGAGUUUGUUGUUUUGCAGCGCGGCCUACGUGACGUAGCGCGCGAACGUUUUCGGGGUGGUGAAAACGCCAACGGUUUGAAGCGUACGCGUCCGUUUGCUGGCGUUCUUUGUUUACAAAACAGCACCAAACCAGCGCACUCACGAUUGGAGCGGAGUUGGAGCAGCGAGCAACAGCCAAACACAGCGUUAUUGUGUGCGUGUGUGUGUGAGUAGUGUAGUGGAAAAAGGGAUCACGCCACAGAGAGGAAAAAGGGGGGAACUUGAUCUCGCUUUCCCGUGGAGAGAGGCAUGUUCCGUACGAUAAAUCUGUCCACCGAUAAAAACAGCCUGCUGAGCAGCAGCACCAAGGCGACAAUGGCCACGUCCACCAGCAGCCAGCUGUCGAAGAUGGGUCCGGAAGAGCUGGGAGAGUCCUGGAUCGAGCUGUCAUCGAACACAAACACGGGUGGAGCAGGAGCGACGAGCGGAUUAGUAGGCGCAGGAACCACCGCUGCUGUUGUUGGUGGUGGAAGUAGCAACAAUUUCGUCCCCACCGGCACCACGAUGCUGGCCGGUGCUGUUGGCACGAAAAGUCCGGACCGGACGACACCGCUGGCGUUUGCCUCGGUCGAAGAAUACAUAAGACUGCUGCGGGAGGCUCAGCGCGACGAGUCGAAGGAAUCGAGCCGGGUCGCGUCGCUGACGAGUACGCGCAAAAACUCGCCCCGCGGAAGUCCCAAAUCACCGCCCAACAGUCCAAACACGGAGCUGGCCGCCACCGAGGAAGAUCUCCGGAAUGUCUACAUCAACUACGUCAACAAGGACGGUGACAUUGUGAAAGACACAGACUGGGUGUGGGAUUGGAGCAGUCGGCCGGAUCAGCAACCUCCAAAAGACUGGAAAUUUGAACAUCCCAAUCAGACGCAGGAAGAGCGAAACAAACCCAUCCACGCCGGCUACUCAAUACGGCAGGUCCGUGUUGGGAAGAAUUCCCUGUUCUCGCGAGAGUUUCUAUACUCGAUCGUGCUGACGAACGUCCUGUCGCUGCUGCUGGGUGCAGGCAUUGGCGCCUGGCUACAGAAACGAGGUUUGUUGCUAACUCGCGUCUCGAUCGAGUAAUGUUGCACCCGAAUGCAACUCGAACCGACGAAACGCAAUUUGGAGUCGUCGUCGUCGCUUGUUUGGGAAAACGCACUGUGUAGUUGAUCCGUAUUACGAGCGUAUGCGUGUGUGUGUUUCUGUGCUGACGAUAAUAGUAACUUUACCCUGAAAUUGGCUUCAAUGCAGGAGACAUUCUAACAACCCACACCAGCAGCGCAGUUCCCCAAUAACACUGCUGUACUGUGUGUGAAAGUGUAGUGCAGUAGAACGCAUUUAUUUUGUAAUCACAUUCGAGGAAAUCAGAUUGGUUAGUGGGUUAUAUCAUCCAGGUUCAGCGUCUCAAUUUUAAGCAGCGAAAGAGAAGGGGCGUGCUUUACGCAGCAGACGACACUGAUGGAGGAGGAUAGUUGGCCAAAAUCAUGGUUAUAUGUGUGGAGCAUUAGAGGAUGAAAGAGAGGAAGGAGUAGCGAAGAUCAAUCGUAGAAGCCCGCACUUUCGCGUGGAAGAAUCUUAUGGUAGAGGAAAAUGUGUGAUUAAACCAAAACGAACGCAAGAAUUUGAACACGUUUUAGCUAGGAUGGAGUGAAAUUCGGACGGACCACGGGGGCACCAGGUGUCAGCAGACAUUCAGUUAGACGAUUCGAUGGCGAUAGAGGGAAAGUUGAGUGUAUUUCUUUCGAUAGGCUUCAAUUCUAGAGGAGGAAGUGAGAGAUAAAGCGAAGCGGUGAUCAACCGCGUGCAUUAGGUGAAUAUAGAGAAGAGGAUGGAGAGGAUGUUAGCUUUAUGAGGAAACAAUCAGAAAAUGAAAGAGAUUAUACUGGCCACGGGAGUCUGGAGCGGUGUGUGUGCGCAUUGAGGAAGGGGAACAAGAAGUAAGAUUUCGAACGAUUUCCGUCAAGGGCCAUGUGUCAAGAGGGUGGCGUUUGGAGCGACACAGUAGAUUUGAUUUGAUAUAACGAUCAUGGAUAGAGAGGGAGUGUGUGUACGGAAGCAAUGUAAUCCAUUCGAGUAAAAUUCCAUUUUUUCAUACAUUAUGUAGCGGACAGUUUUUAGCCGUGUUGUGCUUGUGUGUGUGUUUGCAGGUGGUUUUGAUUCCCACAUACCACAGCAACGCACAGCAACGACACGAGCCGCUUACAAAAGCGACAGGCCAAGAGAGAGAGAGAGAGAGAGAGAGAGCAGGA